AUACAGGGCCUUUCCCCUCCUGGGGACACCGGCACUGGUGCCUGUACUGUGGGUCAGUCAAGUUGGGGUUUCCCACCAUAGCUCCUAGGGGGACCAUCUUCUCCCUUGGAGGCUGGAUCCAGGAGGAAGUCAGGUUCUUGGGGUGACUCCUCCCUUGCAGGAGCUGCUCUGCUUCCACUCUCUGCCCCCCCCCUCCCGUCGCCGAGCGCCCCAGAGUCAGUGGGGGAGGAUGUGGGGAGGGAGGCGAGGCGAGGCGGAUACGGAACCCUGAGUUGCUAGGGUUAGUCUCCCCCGGAAGGAUCCUUUUGAGUGCGACACCGUAUCUGGCUAGGGGACUGUUUUCCGGUUACUCCCAUCCACAGCCAUUGGGUUGCCGUAGCAACAGAUUCUGCCAGUCCUGCAGAAGGACAUGGCGGCCGCCUCCUCCUCCAGCAGCGAGAGUAAUGAAGCCAACUCCAAAUGGCUGGAUGCCCAUUAUGACCCCAUGGCCAAUCUCUACACCUUCUCCUCCUGCGUCGCACUGGCUGACCUGCAUGGUGAUGGAGAGUACAAGCUGGUGGUGGGUGACCUGGGCAUGGCUGGGCACAUCAUGAGGCUGAAGGUGUACCGGGGCACAGGGCUGGUCAGCGAGAGCACCUUGUUGGACCUGCCGUCUGCUAUUGUCACCUUCCUGAUGGACCAGAAUGAGCCACGCACGCCUGCCGUGGCUGUGACCUCCGGCCCAUUUGUCUAUGUCUACAAGAACCUGCGGCCCUACUUCAAAUUUACCUUGCCCCCGCUGGAUGCCAACCCCCUGGAGCUGGACGUCUGGGAGCAGGCCAAAGAGGACAUGAUCGACCCCCUGACUCUGAAGGAAAUGCUGGAGGGGAUCCGGGACAAGGCGGAAAUCCCCCUGUCGGUACGAUCACUGAGGUUCCUGGCCCAAGAUGUACCAGAGAUGGAGAAUUUUGUGAACCUACAUAAGGGGCAACCGAUCAAGCGCCAGACUGUCAUCACCUGCAUGAGCACGCUGAAGAAGAACAUGGCGGAUGAGGAUGCGGUCAGCUGCCUGGUGAUAGGGACAGAGAGCGCCGAUGUCCUCAUCCUGGACCCUGAGGCCUUCACUAUCUUGGCCAAGAUGACGUUGCCGAGCGUGCCAGCCUUCCUGGACGUGAUGGGGCAAUUUGAUGUGGAGUACCGGGUCACGGUGGCCUGCCGGGACGGGAGCAUCUACAUCCUGCGCAGGUGACAGCCAUCUGUCGU